AUGCGAUCCGGAGACGAGAAGGGCGACAGGAAUCAGCCCCCACCUCGCCCCCGACGACCGCGAGGAUAA